CUAGGCCUAUAGAAAAAACAACAUGGCGGCGCCCAUGGUUGUAGGUGCCCUUUGGCUUUGACUGAGGAAAUAAUCUUGCAAACAUACUUCUUCCUUCAAAAUAAUCAAAGAACAAAUACUUUGGUUGGAAAAUUUAAAUAGAUAUCUUGAUUAGAAAUGAGGACUCUCUCAUUAGACUUGCUGAGACAAUGUGUGCAGAGAUUGAGCUUAAGACAGAUGUCUUCUCUAUCAUCAGUUGCCACAGAAUCCUCAAGUUUUCCAAACAGAUUUGGACAAAGUUCAGGAAUCAUAAAAGAAGCUGAAAAGAAAGGGAGGCCUCCUUCCUCAAAUAAGGAAGGCAUUAUCUGUCCCACCAACUCCCUGACCUGUGUCAUACUGGAUGUAUUCAUAUCAAAUCCCAAAUCAUGCCCCACAUUUUAUAAAACAGAGGUAGAAUUCCUCCUACCAAAUCCAUUGACAGGAUGUUAUACUGAGAAGGAGGCCCCAACUCUUUAUGAUUCUCCACUCAAAGAGGCUGUGGACGAACUUAGGAGACAGAGAAGUAGGAUGAACAAACACAAACUACGUCGAUACCGACACGAAAACUUGAUGGAUAUCAGGGAGCAUAGACACAGAAAGCUGGAGAAGAGAGCUAAAGAAGAUUUAAAAGUUAUUGAGAGAUUUAGGACUUAUUCUGCUAAUUUCAAUGCAGAGGAAAAAGUGAUGCAGGAUCUGGAGACAGCGAGGCGGGGAGGGUUUUAUGUCGAGUGCUUUGGACCGAAUAGGGAGGACAAGAAAAACGCUUCCUCUCAAGUAGAGGAUAAAUCUUUAGAUAUUUUGUAAUCUUAUGUGUAUUAUGGUAUGUGAAUUGCAGCAUAAAAUCCAUAAAUAAAAGACAACAAUUCA